AUGCAGCUCACCACCGCCCUUACUACCUUCAUCCUCUCCGCCUCCGCCACCCCCCUCCUCCCCCGCGACUCCCCCCCUCCACCACCACCACCCACCUGGACACCCCCCGCCAUGAACCUCACCACCAUCAGCAUCACAGCCCUCAGCCCGGGCAACCCGAUCGACAACACGUACCUCUCCGCGCACCACACAGGCCUCUGGCUCAACUACACCGCCGCCGCCGACCCCUCGACCACCUGCGCCCUCGUCAACGACCGCGGCGUCGGCGCCACCGUCCCCGCGCGCCCCUGGGCCGUCUUCCUGCACAACAACGACACCACCACGCUCUCGCUGUACAACGGCCCCAACGAACCCGGCAGUAGCGGAUCCUGGCAAACCGUCUUCGACGACCGCAGCGCCGGCCUCCUGCGCUACCGCGGCUUGCCCAACGAAGCGCCGCCGACGGACGCGUGGCCGGACGCGGUGAGCGGGUGGACGCAGAGCACGCCGACGGUGGGGGGUAGUGUGGAGUUGUUGUGGCAGGGGGCGAGGCUGUGGGCGUGUGAUUUGGGGGGCGCGUGGAGGGUGAGUACGCAGGAGUGGAAGGUGUUUCCGAUGGGGACGAGGGGGUGUGUGCGGUUUAUCGCGAGGAUCGUGAGGGAGGGCGGGGAGGAGCCGGCGGUGGGGUGUGUGUACUCGCCGGAUUUUUGA